AUGCCUAACAGCGUCCGAGCCAGUCCGCCAAGAGACGCAGAUGAUGCGCCAUCCGAGAAGCGUCUCCGUCGAUCCUCUCGUCGUGCCACGUCCACCAUCGUCGUCAAGGCCCCGGAAGCUUCCGCCGACAGCUCGUCCACGAGCAGCCUGAACGAGCCACGACGGAACCCCAAGCGCAAGGCCGCCGAGGCAGCAACCGAGGCCUUGAAUCUGCCCGACAAUCUGUUGGACGAGGCGCUACGGCCUCUCACAGCGGCAGACGUCGAAGAGUGGGAUGGCUGGGUCGAGCUUGAAUCUGAACCUGCAUUCUUCAACACCAUUCUGCAUGAUCUAGGGGUCAAAGACGUCAAAGUGCAGGAACUCUUCAGCAUCGACCAGAGCUGGCUAGACACACUUCUAAAACCGAUAUAUGGCUUGAUCUUCCUCUUCCAGUACACGCCAGAUGUAGAUGAAGGCGAAGGCGAAGAGGAAACAGGUUCGCUAUGGUUCGCAAACCAGACUACCAACAACGCCUGCGCUACAUUCGCCUUGCUCAAUAUCGUCAUGAACGCCCAAGGCCUCGAACUAGGCGACCAACUCCGCAAAUUCAAGGAAGCAACCAAAGACAUGAACACGGUGCUACGAGGCCACGAAAUCAGCAACAACAAGUUCAUGAGAAGCAUCCAUAACGCAUUCACCAGGCGCAUGGACCACCUCAACGCCGACCUGUGCUUGGAAAACGCCGUGUCGGACACCAAGUCGAAGAAGGCCAAGACAGGGUCCCGCACCACCAAGAAAGCGAGCAGGAAGAAGCGAGUCGACGACGAUUAUGGAUUCCAUUUCAUCGCCUAUGUGCCUGUCGAUGGCUACGUCUGGGAGCUGGAUGGGCUCCGGAGCAAGCCACACCGGAUAGGACGCAUUGGAUCCGACGAAACAUGUUGGACAAACAUUGCUCGUCCCCAAAUCGAGGGUCGAAUACUACAGUACGAAGAGAGCCAAAUAUCAUUCAACCUCCUCGCCCUGUGCCGACGCCCCGUCACCCUCCACGCCCGCUCCAUCGUCGAAGCAGCCGCGUCAAUAGCCCUCCUGAAAGAGCACAUGAAACACGAUGACAAUUUCACACACCUAGUCGACAAACAGCCGCCCGUCUUGGACGUCGAAAACCCAGCCGAAUUGGCCGAGUUCAAUCUGCGCCCAUCCGACUUUCAGAACGCAAAACUGGGCGAGACCCUGCAGGCCAGGAUAUCUCGUGCUGCAUCUGGUUCUGAUGAGGCUUGGGAUCUGUAUAAGCAGCUUGUCGUCGACCUAAAGGUCGCAAUUGGGGAGUACAGAGCCGAGAUGAUUUCGCUGGCUGUUGAUGAGCAGCGAGUCAAGGAUCGCAAGAAGGAUUACGGACAGGCCCUGCACAGAUGGGUGCAGAAACUCGCAGAAAAGGGCGUUCUGCAGGAACUGAUUGAGAAUUCCUAA